AUGGCAAUCCUCGACGACGACUUCCUGCGCGAACUCGCCAUUUUGGCAGCACCGUACCCGCGGUACAAAUGGUACAUGUCCGCACUGGUCGCCCUAGGCGCCAUGAACUACCCCGAAGAGAUCCCAAAUUUGUACACCCGGCUCCUCGAAUCGUAUAUCCCAAAAGAGGAGCAUUUCUCUGAAACGCGAAAAAUGCGUGAAGCUUUCACGAAACUUUGCGGGAUUCAGGGUGCUGCAAAGACCGGCUCAGCCGUACGCCAACUGUACAACGCAACACCAAAAGACCUCGUCGAUCCAACUCUCUACCGCAAAGACGACACCGACGAAGUGGCAUUCGUGCGCGGGGAGGAAUUCCACGAGCGCAUAUACGGGCCUAAUCCGAGCUACGAUGAGAAUGCGAAUCGUCUUGCAGCGCCGGACUAUCAUUACAUUGUACGGAACUACUUCUACGGCCGCAUCUUCUCGUUCGAUGGGAUACUAGACGAUAUGGAAACAGGGCAGGUGAUAAUCUCGUGUCUUAUUGGGAUUGACUGUAUGCAGCAACUGGGGAAUCAUAUGAAGGGGAUGCAGUAUAACGGGGCGCGCAAGGAGGAGGUCGAGAUGAUACGCGAGAUUGUAAUCCGAGUAGCCAGGAAGCUGGAUGUGAGGUUUAAACCAGGGAAUCCGAUUGCUGUGCCGGAUGUUUAA